CAUACAGCGUCGUUAUCUUGCGCGCUCCCGCGGCCACUUCUUUACGUCCGACGCUGCGAUAAAAUUUUCUUAUCCAGUUUCUUGUGAAGCGCCACGCGGUCUGGAAGGUUCCGUUCUACAGUCUUGCCUUCCUGUUGUGCAAUUCGACUGAGAUCUCAAAGUUUGUGUUCACCUACAAGUUUUGAUUUUUUUUUUGUUCGACCAGUAAUCACCGAUUCGCCAAAACUACGAGUUUGAAUCGUCGGUUCAUUGAGUCAAAAUGCAACGGAGGCUAUGGUGUGCCCUGGCUAUUCUUUGUUGUUCGGUCGUAUGCUCAUUCGCAGCACCGGACAAACCGAAAGAGGCGGAUCGCAAAGAAAAAUUAGUUGUCAUUCUUCUCGACGGUUUCCGAUGGGACUAUGUCGACCAGCAGAAAGAUAAGGAGUCUCUGCCCGGUUUCCGUCUACUCCACAAAGAGGGCGUUAGAGCCAAAUGGGUGAAUCCCAUUUUCCCGUCGCUCUCCUACGCUAGUUGGACCACUCUCAGUACAGGACUCUAUGCUGAAAAUCACAAUAUUAUUGGAAACUAUUUUCACGACUCGUACCGAAAGGAAACGUUUGAGUUGUUCAACCGAACUCUUACGUCAAACCAGCGCUGGUGGCAAGAUGUGGAACCCAUAUGGACAACAGCCACGCGCAAGGGUCGUAAAGUCGGCACUUUCCUUUGGGCUCGAAGCGACAUUCCUGUUCGAGGCAUUCUACCGCAUCAGGCCCAGGGUUUUCAGCUUACCAAAGGUGCCACUAGCCUUGGUGCCAAUCUGGAUAAAACGAUCAAAAUGAUCAAAUCGGAAGGAUACGAUUUGGUCAUGGUUUACAACGAACACAUUGAUAACAAGGGACAUCAAUUCGGUCCCACUUCACCCGAGUUAAUGAUAGCCUUGCAAGAAGUGGAUGCAGAGCUUUACAAAUUUUUAAAAAAGUUAGAUGAUACAGAUCUCGAUGAAACGGUGAAUGUGAUGAUUGUUUCCGACCAUGGGAUGACGUCAGGUACACCCCACUCUGGAGCAGAGUACGUCGAGAUAGACGAUUAUCUCGACAUGGACGAUGUUUCGUAUGUCAUUGACCGCGCCGCAGUAGCAGCAGUGGCCCCUCUUCCUGGAAAAGCGGAUAAGGUCUACAAGCAACUGAAGCAAAUGCGGGGCGUGGAUGUUUAUCGCCGAGAUGAUAUACCGGAUAAUUAUUACUACAAAAAUGGACGCUACGUUCAGGAAAUUCUAGUCUGCGCUAAACAUGGAUUCGUUAUUAGCGGAGCUGACAGUCCGAAACAAAUCCCGCGUGAUCCUUCCACACCAAGACCAAUGAUUUGGGGCGGUCUACAUGGCUACGACAACACACACCCUGACAUGAGAACCAUCUUCAUGGCCAUGGGUCCAUCUUUCAAAAAGCAUUAUCAGGGCGAACCGAUUGACUUGGUGGAUAUCUAUCAAAUCUAUGCUCACGUUCUGGACUUGGAGCCUCAACCGCACAAUGGCUCUUGGUCACGCGUUCGAUCUUACCUCACCAACAGUGCCUCAUUCUCCAAAGUCCUCAGCUGGAAUCCAAUCCUUAUGACUCUGCUGAUCCUGCUAAGAUAUUUUAUUUAAAUCACUAACGACACCGCGAGUCGAAUCAGCAGAACAAUAAAUUCAGUACUUAUUUUCGUUUAUUACAAAACAAAAAAUUAUUCUAUUUAAAUGCUAUGGCAGAGUAAGCUAUACUUAUAGGUCUGAUAUCAAAAGGGAACUUCAGUGUAAGACUUAAGAAACACGAUGCCUUCGCUAGUUACGCUCAUGAAUAAGAUAUACUUAUUCGAUAGAAGAAAUUGUUGAACUAGUCUGUUAAUUCAUAAUGUUACAUUGUAUUUUGUGGCUUUUUUACCUGACGCAUCCCCGUGAUUAACAUUUCCUGUACAUGUGUUCGUUUGAAAUUUUUUUAAAUCCUUUUUAUUGCCUAUCCCCAUUUCUUAGUGUAUAGGCUAAUACAGCAGCUUUAUAAUUC